AUGGCCUGGGAAAACUGGACUACGGUGACAGAGUUUGUUUUCAAGGGGUUCACAGAUUGCCUCGACUUCCAGGUUACACUCUUUGUGCUUUUCCUGCUCAUUUAUGUCACCACCGUGAUAGGAAACCUUGGCAUCGUUGCUGCAGUCUGGCUCGAUUCCCAGCUUCAGAGCCCCAUGUCCUUCUUCCUCAGCCACUUGUCCUUCUUGGACCUGUGCUACUCCUCCGUGGUGACACCCAAAAUGCUGCUGAACCUCUUGUCUGAAAGGAAGACUAUUUCUUUUGCUGGCUGCUUCCUGCAGCUCUAUUUUUAUGCUGCUUUUGCAAUCACAGAGUGCUACCUCCUGGCUGGGAUGGCAUAUGACAGCUAUGUUGCCAUCUGCAACCCCUUGCGUUACCCCAUCCUCAUGUCCAAGAAGGUCUGUGUUUCCCUCUUAGCUGGGUCCUAUGCAGUUGGGCUUUUUAAUUCAGCCGUCUUCACAGGCUUUGCAUUGAGGGUGUCUUUCUGUGGCCCCAAUGUCAUUGACCACUUCUUCUGCGAUGGGCCACCACUCUCAAAGUUGGCUUGCUCUGAUACUUCCCUCAACCAAGUGUUGCUGUUUGCUUUUGGGGACUUCAGUGAGGUCACCACAAUAUCAGUCAUCCUCAUCUCCUAUGGCCACAUCCUCUUCACCGUCAUGAGGACAGGCUCUGUGCUGGGCAAAGCUUUUGGUACCUGUGCAUCCCACCUAGUGGCUGUCACCAUCUUCUAUGGGACCCUUAUCUUCAUGUACCUACGGCCCAGCUCCAGCUACAACGUGGGCAGGGACAAAAUAGUUUCUGUCUUUUACACCACGGUGACCCCAAUGUUGAACCCUUUCAUCUACAGUCUGAGGAACAAGGAGACAAAGAGUGCUCUGAAGAGAACAGUGGGGAGAACGAUUAUUUCCCUGCCAAAGUCGCCAUUUGGAUGGGAGUGGGGUUGGUGUUUUUGA